AUGGCGUCCUCGUUUCAGGAUGCGUGGCAGACUGCGCUCGAUGCCGAACGGGAGUUGUUGCGCUGCCUCGCUGAGAAGGAGCCGACCUUUGCCGAAAUCUCACAACUUUUGUCCGACUUCCGCACCGCUUGCCAGAAUGCGAUCCUUUCCGAUUUCGAUACCGCUCGUGGAACCGACGUGGAGGGUCGCCUGUGGGAUGCGCACUUGAAACUUAAUACUCGGUUCCGCAAGUUGCUCGCUCGCUAUCGAGAGGAAACCACCAAGAAGAGACCCGUCGAGAAACGGAAGCUGGAGAAGCAUUAUUUGGAUUUCAUCAAAUCCAGCCAGCGAUUCUACAGGGGAUACAUUCAGCAUCUAUCAUCGCAUUUCGGAGGCAUCGUGGAAUUGGAGAAAGUGGCGCGCAAGUUCAAUUUUGAGAGUGCGCAGCCUUUUAUUCCCCCUUACUUAUCGACUACCCCUCCAUCUGCGAUUACACCCGACCUGCGCUUGCGCAUCCUUCAGUCUUGCCAUGCGACUCUCAUCCGACUGGGCGAUCUCUCUCGAUAUCGCGAAACCGAACUUGCCAGCAACAAACGCAAUUGGGGCCCAGCCAUUGGGUACUACGAUUUGGCUUCGGUGAUCUAUCCUGCCUCUGGCGCAUCGCAUAAUCAGCUGGCGGUAAUCGCGCUCGCUGAUGGCAACCACUUCCGAGCCACAUAUCACCUCUACCGGGCGUUGUCUGCCCACAAUCCGCAUCCCUCUGCAAAGGGAAACCUGGAAAUUGAGUUCAAAAAGGUGAUGAACCUAUGGGUCAAGCGGGAAUUAAUCAGGCCUGAGGACCAAGGAAUUCCCGGGAAAGCAUUGGCACCGUGGUUUGUCUACCUCCACGCGCAAUGUUACAAGGGCAACGACUUCCCCGAGCAUGAUGAGCUGGAGAGUGAAGUGAUGAGCCAACUGGCAGUUGACAUCAGGGAGCGCUCGCAUGAAGGAACACUCCAAAAGUUCUGUCUUGUCAACAUUGCUGCAGAAGACUUUGCCCGAACUCGGUCUACCGAGGAGUCGGUCUCCAAUGCGCGCAUGUUCUUCCAGCGCAUCAAUGUGAAAACCUUCUUCACGUUAUUGCAGAUCCUGUUGGUAGAGCUCGAGCGUUUUGCUGGUGAGGAUUCGAGCAACAGCAGCAAAGACUCUAAGAACGGUCCCGACAAAGUUACCGUUGUUGCUCGCCGGAUCUUACCUGCUCUGCGGCAUUACAGCUCCUGGCUUUUGACCACCAGUGAUUUUCUUAUCUCACCAAAGGAAGAGCAGGACUCGUCUCUUACGAUCCAGAUUCAAGAAUUCUGGAAGAUCUACGCAGGCACCCUGACCCUGUUGGCAUCUACAUUUGAUGUCGUCCAUCUUCCCGAGAUCGAUUACCUUCUAGAAGAGGAUGAAGAAAGCCUCGGGUUUGCGCCACUGGACCAGGCGGCGACUUCUCGUCGAUAUGUUGGUAUGGGCGAUAAGCUUAAGCCUAGGAUGAACGAUCCAGGUGUCGAGAGAAGCCAUCCAAACAUGGAGAUGCUCUACCGAAUUCGCGAGUUCGUGAUCGAUGGUUUGGAUUUGGUCGUGAGAAACAAAAUCCCUGUUUCUCUUGUGGAUGAAGAGGACAAAAAGACGUUCAUCUACCAAGAGGAUGGACUACCGUCUCAGUUCUUCUCCAGUCCCCAUGGUCGCCAGAAUACCCUCACGACGCCGGUAAUUGAACGAGAGGAUAUCCCGGCAGUUUGCCAAGAUUCAGCCUCUGGUACCGAGGCUCGAAGCAUGUAUGGUGACUCGCAGUCUGCCUCUGUCGCAGCCUCCGCAUCAAUGUCGGCCAACAUGCACCGCAUCGUCGAAGAUGUUGAGCGCUUGGUUGAAUCCGACACAUACGAGAACGCGCCCAACGUCCCCGAUCAGUUCGCCUUCCUGAAUGAUUCCGGGGAGAUGCCCACGCCUUCUGCUCGCAUGGCGGCAAACCUCAACACCUUCCCGUUCAACGAGAAAAUUCCACAGUCACUUAGUACUCCGAUGGCUCCUCCCGGCCUUGGUCCACCUGUCGUCAACGCAGCAGAAGCUCUCCGUGCAUCAGUAUCUCAAUCCUAUACACCCCUCCACACGCUCCCUAGUAUCCCUAGCAUCUGGAAUACUUCAUCGCCCGCACCACUGCGGGACGGUUCCUCCCCACACACACCACCAGGUCUCGGUCAGCCAUCUUCCAUGAACUCAAUGGGAAUAAAUCCCAGCGCUACUGGAUCCCCAUCACAGGACCAGAUCGCAAAUGAUCUGCUCCGCCAUAACCUAAUGGCCCAGAGCCAGCUCUCCAGCUCCAUGGAUAUGUCAAACUCUAUGCCAUCAUGGUUUCCCCAAUCCAAUCCACACCCGGCAAACAAUUGGGGCCCGGAUCCACGUCGCUUGUCCUACAACGUCCCCAGCCAACCCAUUUCGAGUGGCUUCCCAACUCAGUCGUGGGCAAAUGAUGCCUUUAUCGCUAGCAGUCUGGCUUCGGGUGCUGGGGCCUUUAACCCUGUAUUCAACGGUCACCGCAAAUCAGCCACCCAGCUCGGCGCUAUUGGUCAAACCCCACCUUGUGGACAGGGCGGUUGA